AUGAAAGACCGACUAAUAAGAGAUCGUGUUGUUGCUGGUGUUUAUGACAAAAAACUUCAAGAAAAACUAUUAAAUGAAGCAAAUGUAACAUUGGAUAAGGUAAUUGAUGUGGCAAGAAAGUUUAAUGCGGCAAUGAAACAAUCUAAUGUAAUGAACACGACAGAAGAAGAAAAUGCAAUACUUAGAAUUAAAAAAUCAAGUAAAAAUUACAGAAGUUCAUUUGUAAAGAACAUAGAAAAUUGCAAAAGAUGUAGCAAGACACAUGAGAUCAAUAAAUGUCCGGCAUAUCAAAAGAAGUGUAUCAAAUGUGAUAAGUUUAAUCACUUUGCAAAAAUGUGCAAAGGAAGAAACGCAAAGCAAAGUGAUAAACAUAAGAAACAAGUCAAAUUUAGUCAUAUUAAGUCAGUGGGAACUAACAAAGAAGACAGUUGUUCAACAACUCAAUGGGAGGAAGAUUUGGUAAUCAAAGGAAAGAAACUGAAAUUCAAGUUGGACACUGGAGCAGAGGCAAAUGUAAUACCGUUAAGAAGUCUAAAACUAGCUGGUCUUACUCCAUUAUCAGUAAAGAAAUGCAAAGAAAAAUUAAUCAAUUAUUCAAGUACAAAUAUUGCUACUUUUGAAUUUUUUAUUGUGGAUAGUGAUUCACCUAUUUUGGGUUUAGAGUCUUGUAUUAAAUUAAAACUAAUAAAUAGAAUACAAGAGUGUAAUAGGAUAUGUCAGAAAGACCUAUUAAAAGAAAUUGAACAAAGAUUCAAUCAUUUAUUUGAGGGAAUAGUACAUGCUCCUAGAAAAGUUGCUUUUCCUUUGUUAGAUCAAUUAAAGAAAGAAUUAUGUAAGUUAGAGAAUAUGAAUAUUAUAAAGAAAGUUAACACACCUACAGAUUGGGUAAACUCAACAAUAGUAAUGAAAAAAACUAAUAAUGAGUUGAGAAUAUAUUUAGAUCCACAGGAUCUAAAUAAAAAUUUAAAAAGGGAAUAUUUUCCACUCCCAACUUGUGAUGAAAUAAUAAGUAAAGUGAGUGGAGCCAAAGUGUUCAGUAAGUUAGACGCCAAAAAAGGGUUUUAUCAAAUUUCUUUAGAUGAGGAAAGUGCGAAAUUAACAACUUUUAAUUCACCAUUUGGUAGGUAUUGUUUUUGUAAACUAUCUUUUGGUUUGAACAUUGCUCCAGAGGUAUUCUAUAAAUAUUUUUCUCAAUUGUUAGAUGGAAUAGAAGGAGUACAGGUGUAUAUGGAUGACAUAAUAGUAUCAGGUAGAAAUGAUGAGGAACAUAAAAAGAGACUAUUAGAAGUGUUAUACAGAUUAGAAAAGAACAAUGUAAAAUUAAAUAAAAACAAGUGUGAAUGGGCAGUGAAUAAGUUAAUUUUUGGUGGUCAUGAAUUUUCAAGUGAUGGUAUAAAACCAGAUCCAAGUAAAGUAAAAGCAAUUAAAAAUAUGCCUGCACCAAAGUGUAAAAAGGAUGUAGAAAUAUUUUAG